AGAAGAGACCCUUGUGGGACACCUUCCCGGCCUGCUUUGAAAGAUGCCAUGCAGGGGCAGAAUCUGGUUUUGGUGGUUGCCAGGUGACUCCGAAGAGCCCACCCCCCGAAAACUGGCAGUCAGGUUUGAACUCAUCUUGUGUCUACCCACACCCCAUAGCUUCCACAUUAGCAAGUAAAGUACUUGGAGCUCGGUAUAAGUCAGGCUGGACCAGGAAACCAUUAACAAGGGUGGGAGUGUAAGAUUCACAGUUCAGAGGCUUACAGUAGUUCCCUGUUGUUCUCAGGACAAGGUUAGGGUCUUUAGGAUUAGAUGAGGUUAAGACUCAGUGGCACUGAACCUGCAGUUCUCUUCUGUGCCUCAUGUUGGGAACAUGCUGGUUUCCCAAGCUGGAAUUGAUUUCCCCAUGCCUUUUCUCUUAGGCUUGCCCAUAUGUUCAGAGAUUACCUGCUCUGGGAGACUUUCCCACAUACUAGACUCCUCUGCUGUGGUACCACAGGUUGCAUGGAAACCUGGUCCCCACAACUGGUCUGUAUCCUGGAGCUAGCUCUAUGGGUCUCAGAUCCUAAGAGACCUGAUGAUGGGUGCCUAACCACCCACCCUCCUCCAGCUCUUGGGGAUCUGGGCAGUAGUGAGGAAACAGGAACAAUCACUGCGUUUCUACUGAAGCCUCAGCUCUCGGGGGAAGUAGCUGGGAAGAAGCUUGGUUCCCAGCUUAGUGGUGUUUGAAGAUCAGCUGUAAACCACCCUCGCCAAAGGCAGGGGCUCUAGGGAUCCACCCUGGUUCUGGGCUACCCCACAUCUGUGACCCUUGAAAGGGGAGCAAGGGCCAGGUGGUACCCUGGGCCAGGGCUGUGAUUGGCCUGAGCUGGACAAUGCCACUGUGAUGUCGGCCCACUCCUGGUAUGAAAUGGAGGCUCCCGAGCCCUGGGGGUCAGUGGAGCUGCCGUCCAGACACAGAUCAUGGUGAGCCCUUAAAUUUGUGCCUAACUCCAGAGACCUGCCCAGAGCUGGACACCAUUCCUCACUGAGAUAAUGUGGACAGUGUGGUACAGGAUCCCAAAUGGGACAAGGAAACCUUUCAGAGGGGUCAGGCCAGGUCUAACUCCAGGCCAAGGCCAGCUUCUGCACCUGGGGAUUGGUAGUCAUGGGGGUCUUGACUGUCACAGCUGCCCCCUCAAAGUGGGUGCUGACCCAACCCUCCACCUGGGGCUUGCAUGUGGCCCAUCUCCCACCCAAAUCUUCCUGGGGUCCCCCCUCUGGGUAUGGGGAGUCAGGGAAUGGGAUCCAGGUCCUGAUGCUGGCCUGUCCUUUGCAGAGUGGAGGGUAUGAUCUCAAUCUCUUCGCCAGCCCUCCUGACUGCAACUUCCUGUGUUCUGUCUGCCACGGGGUUCUCAAGAGACCAGUGAGGUUGCCAUGCAGCCACAUCUUCUGCAAGAAGUGCAUCCUCCGGUGGCUGGCCAGACAAAAGACCUGUCCGUGCUGCAGGAAAGAGGUGAAACGGAAAAAGAUGGUCCAUGUGAAUAAACUCCGGAAGACCAUUGGCCGUCUGGAAGUCAAGUGCAAGAACGCCGAAGCUGGCUGCCUGGUGACGUGCCCACUUGCCCAUCGUAAGGGGCACCAGGACUCAUGCCCUUUUGAGCUGAUGGCCUGCCCCAACGAGGGCUGCAUGUCUCGGGUGCCUCGUGGGGACCUGGCCGAGCACCAGCAGCACUGCCAGCAUGGUGCCCAUCAACGCUGCCCCCUGGGCUGCGGGGCCACACUGGGCCCAGCCGAGCGUGCGAAUCACAACUGCUACCGUGAGCUGCGGGAGGCCUGGAGCCAGCGCCAGGAGCGCAGCCGGACCCUGGUGUUGUGCCUGCUGCGGCGCAUGCGCAAGAUGCACCAAACCACCAACCUCAUCCGCCGGCAGCUGGCCCAGCUCGGAGACUUCCUGGAGGAAGAUGAUGCCCUGCUCGUGGGCGCCCCACAAGAGGAGGCUGAGGCCACCCCAGAAGGCAGCUUUGGGGCUGAGUUUGGGGGGCCCAGGACCAAGGUACCUUGUAAAUAGAGGGAUAAAUAAACGCAGAGCCCAGG